CCCCCGCAGCAGCAGCAGCAGCAGCAGCCCGCACACACUCAGCUCUGGGCUUUUGCACGGAGGAGACCUGUCGUCCUCUCUCUCUCUCCCCCCCCUUUUUUUUUAAAAACAGCUCCCUCAAUCUGUCUAAUCUCACCCCCCCUCCCCUCCUCUCUCUCUUUCUCUUCAAUGGCCGCGCGUGGUGUGAUUCGCCUUCAGCAGCGCAAUAGUUAAUAAGUGCCGGAUGCGCCCUCACUCCAGCAGACCGCUACAGUACGAAGAUGGCGUCGGAGGGAGCCAGCGGGGAGCAGCCUCCUCCUCCGGUACAAACACUGGCAACAGCCGUGCUGGGGAGUGUCGACACGAAAUGUGAGUUCAACAUGGAUAACCUGAGCAAGCCGGAGCUGCUCACCCUGCUGAGUAUCAUGGAGGGAGAGCUGGAGGCCCGCGACCUGGUCAUCGAGGCCCUGAGGGCUCAGAGGAAAGAGGUGUUUCUCCAGGAGCGAUACGGCCACUACAGCCUCACCGACCCCUUCCUGGCGCUUCAGAGGGACUUUGAAUGCGGGGUCCCCGGAGGAGACAAGGAGCGGCGGCCCAUGGGAUCCAGCCCCAUCUCUGUCCUUGAGGCCGUCAUGGCUCACUGCCGGAAGAUGCAGGAACGAAUGUCGGCACAGCUGGCCGCCGCCGAGAGCCGCCAGAAAAGGCUGGAGAUGGAGAAGCUACAGCUCCAGAGCCUCGAGCAGGAGCACCGCAAACUGACGGCCCAGCUGAAGGACGAGCGCGAGAAGAACAAGCACAUCGUCAUGAUGUUGGUGCGGGAGUGUAAGCAGCUCGCCACUCGCGUAGUAGAGGAGUCCCAGCGCUUCGACGAACUUCAGGCUCGCCUGGACGAGGAGAGUCGCACCUCUGGCCGGCUGCAGGAGGACCUGGGCUCUGAGCGGCAGCGGAGCCAACAGAUGGAGGCAAAGAUGGAGAAGCAGCUGUCGGAGUUCGAUACAGAGCGGGAGCAGCUGCGUGCCAGGCUGGGCCGCGAGGAGGCCGAGAGCCACGGUCUGCGGCAGCAGGUGGAGCAGCUCAGGACUGUACAGGGUGAUGGAAAGGAUGGAGCCUCUGUCUCCCAGCCUGCUGCUGGAGCAGGACCUGCUGCUCCCACCAGCCCACCACCCAAACCUAAAGCCCUGACGUCUGUUUCUGUAGCCACAGAGCCCAUCAGCUCUCGAACAGCGUCGUGCCAAACGGACCUCCCUCCCACUGAGGCAGAGGGUCCCAAGAAGACCCCCCUCACCAUACCCGUCAAACCGAGCCCUUCCAACUAUGUAGGCCUUAGUCUGCCAAAGACGUCUGGCCGGGGGAUUGUCCACAGCAGCUCAGGAGGACUGGCACAAACAGAGAACGGCUCAGAGGGCCAAGCCCCCCAUGGCUUACCCACUGGGGUCAGCCCCCGUGUCCAGGCGGCCCGUUAUAAGUUCCAGGAACAGGACCAAAAUGGCACAUCGUCCCAGAGUCCUCCAGCCCGUGACCUCUCACCCACCAACCGGGACAACUUUGCCGCCAAGCAACAGGCACGCCACACUGUCACACAGGUCCUCUCGCGCUUCACCAGCCCUCCAGCAGGAGGCGCUGGACCCCUGCGUCCAGGCCUGCCCCACUCCGCCUCAGAGGGAGGCCCUUUUCCCGGCCGCCUGAGCCAUCCCAUCGGCCUCAAGUCGCCAACGGUGGCCAGGAUCGACCGGGGAAACCCUCCCCCUAUCCCUCCCAAAAAGCCAGGGCUUUCCCAGACCCCCUCUCCCCCUCACCCACCCAUCAAGGUGGUGGGGGACAGCAGCCGCUCCCCUGGGGCUGGGCUGAAACCGGCCACGCCCCAGCUGCCGCCCAAACCUGCCCUGGACCUGGUCCCAGCCCUGACGGCCUCUCAGGUGGGUGCCUGCGCUCCCUCACGCUCCCCAGGGCCUGGCCGGGGCCCUCAGAGGCAGCCGGCAGCAGCAUGUGCAGAGUGUCCCCCCGUCAUCAGCCCUUCCAUCACUGUCAGUAGCCCCCCCUCCAUAAACCCUCCCUCCACCUCCUCCUCCAUUAGUGCUCCAUCCUCCAGUAGCCCCCGAGCCUCAGCAGGCAGCCCCCUGGCAACAGCAUCAGGCUGGUGUCCCUCCGUAGUCUCCUCUCUAAGCGGCGGUGGGCCUGCUGCCCUGGACGGCGGGCGCCCCCUGCUACCCCAAGCUGCUUCCCAGGGAAAUGUCACUUUAUUGUCAAUGCUGCUUAACCAACCAGACCUGACCACCAACACCAUCAACACCACUACAACCACCUCUACGUCCACCACUAACACCAUCAUGGACAACAAGCCCGAUCUACUUGACCAAGACCAACACCUCUAUCACAACCUCAACCAAACCUCUGCCUUGUUUGCUGCUGCUCAAAAUGGACACACAGAGUGUGUGAAGCUGCUGCUGUCUUCAGGAUCGCCUGCUGAUGUUUCUGAUGAAAAUGGAUUCACACCUUUACACUUUGCUGCCGCCCACGGCCACAGCAGCUGUGUGGAGGUGCUGCUGGCUGCAGGAGCUGCUGUGGACUCGGUGGCGGCGGGGGGACAGACUCCUCUGUUUCUGGCCUGUGAGGCAGGACGAUCGGACGGCGUCCAGGUCCUGCUGAGUGCCAGAGCUGACCGCUGUUGCACCACUACGGACGGCUGCACAGCUCUCCACGCUGCGGUGCGUUCAGGACACGUAGACACACUGCGUCUCCUCCUCUGCCACAGGACCCAGGGUGAACCCACUGUUUCCCCUGAACCCCGCUCCACCCUGGGCCUGCCUGCCGCCCUGCUCAACCAGGCCAACAAUGACGGAUGGACGGCUGCGCACAUGGCUGCUGCUCUGGGCCUCAAGGAGUGUCUGGAGGUGCUGUGCAGCCACAGUGAACAGGACAUCCAGAGGAGAGAUAAGUGUAAUCGAACUAUUCAUGACGUCGCCACUGAUGACUGCAAAGAUCUACUUGAAAACCUCCACUCGUACCGCGUCCUGGUGCGUCUCCAGUGUUCGGGUGGAGUGACGGCUGGCUCCAUGUGUCCCGUGGAGGCCCUGGAGGAGGACAAGAAGGGCGUCUCCAGCAGCCAGGUGGUGCUGGGCAGAGUGUCAGUGGACCGGUCAAUGAGCUGGUCUCAGCUGGGCUCAAACAUCGGACACACCUUUACCUCCUACCUCCAGACCCUCUGUGGAGAGUCCCACAGAGCCAGAGAGGAGACCCAGCGCUCACCGCUAGGACUCGGACCUGCUAGUAUCGCUUCCAUCCUUAUAGGCGACACUGCGUGGUUGCCGGGUCAGGAGCUGCCUUUCUCUCCGUGGGACCUGAUCAGGAAGCCUCUCAGCCAGUGCAUCAACAUUCGUCUCAAAGGUCUGUCUGAGUCGUGUCUCGAUGAGUUGGCUCUGGAACACCUCUUCCCCCUGCCGCUGCUGCACAACUACGUCCGCCUGGUGGAACAGUACAAGAACCUCGUCUUUCAUGGGCUCGAAGGCAGCUGUCAGGAGUACAUCGCCAAACUGGUUGCUCACUGCAUCAAGUCAAAGCAGGAGGCUGUGGGGCUCGGCUGUGACGUGGUGCGAGUGGAGGUGGAGGAGAGCCUGAGCAAAGAGCAGCUGCUGGAAACCUUCAUCACCUGUGGUUUCCUGGUGCCGUCAGUGGGGUCAGGGGUCGCAGCGCGUGGUCCUCACUGUGUGGUUGUGCUGCUGGAGGGACUGGAGAAGACUUCCUCUCUAACAGGCCUGCUGGGAGAUCUCUGCCACAGUCUGGACAACAGAGGAGCUGCUGCACCGCUACUUCUCAACACCGGUCCUCAUCAUUUCCGUGACUGCAGCUUCCUGAUUGCCACGCUGUCAAAGCCCCGCCUGCAGGGAUCAGAGCUCCGCCUCCAACAGCAUUUCCGCUGGGUGACGCUGCGCUGGGACCAGGAGCCGCUGCACGGCAUGCUGGGACGGCACCUCCGCCGGAAGCUGCUUCAUAAGACGGGGACUGAUGUUUGGUCACCUGAAGGUGUCAUGGAGCGCUCUGUGUUGUGGGUGAGCCAGGUUUGGCAGCAGCUCAACGCCUGUUUGUCCCGCCUCGGCACCCAUGAGGCUUUGCUGGGCCCUCAGCUCUUCCUGUCCUGCCCUGUGAUCCCCAACAACACGCAGGCUGUCGUCAGAUGGCUGUCUCGGCUCUGGAACGCCGUGGUUGUACCCCGUGUGGAGGAAGCCAUCAUCUCCCGGGUAACAGCCAAGCGUCCCUCUUCUUCUUCCUCCUCCUCCUCUCCCUCAUCACCAUCGUCGCAGAGGCUGUCUCCUAGCAACUGUGGGCUGAGUGCCGGGCAGCAGGCUGUGGUGAAGGCCGCCCUCAGCAUCCUGGUCAACAAGGCUGUUCUCCCAGGCUGCCCUCUGCCUCGACACGAGCUCGACAGGUACCUGUUGGAGUUUAGGGGCGGGGCCUUCCCUCUGUCAGCUAUCAGCUCCUACAGAGGAAGCAGUGGAGGAGGAGGAGGAGAAAGAGGAGGAGGGAGGAAAGGACGGGACAGCGGGAAGCUCAGACGAUCUAACACCAGCCCUCGGAAGAAGGGAAGCCCCGCCUCAAACUGGGGCAGCGGCGGCUCCUUCAGAGAGGGUUCUCUGUCCAGCACGGAUGUCAGCUUCAUCUCCAACGGGAAAGCUCAGAGGGAGCCUGUGGGUCUGUCUGUGUUCUCUGACGAUGAGACUGAUCUGAUCAGAGAGCUGCAGACGAUGUGCUCCAGCAAGUCUGAGCCGGACAUCAGUAAGAUCUCUCGAGCCAAAGACGACCUGAUCCUGUUCUCCAGCUCUCCCAGUGAAGCCCCGCCCCCCUGCCAGGCCAAGCAGGAAACGGCCGUCCAGCAGCGACCACAGGCGAGCCCUCAGUCCGUCCGCAGCUCCAGCCAGGCAGCCGUCCAGAGCACUGACCGGCGUUCGGGCCCUCGCUCCAAAUCGCAGCUCCCUGUCCCCAGCAGCAGGGGGCAGCAGACAAGAGCUCCUCCAGCUGCCUCCACCAGCAGCAGCAGCAACAACAACAGCAGCAGCAGCGGCAGCAGCAGCCCCUGCCGAACCCAGACGCCCCCCAGCCGCAGCAGAUCCACAACAAACAGCAGCAGCAGCAGCAGCAGCAGAACAAAGCAGGCUCCUCCAGCCGGCAGCAGCAACAACAACUACUACCGCAACAACAUCAACGACAACAACCAAUCACACGAGGACAUCUGGAUCCUCCACAGAGACCUGCAUGAAAACAACAACAACAAAUAAUCUCCCUCAGAUCCCCCCGACCCCCCUGACCCCCCGACCCAUAACUCCGCUGUGAAACCUCCCUCCAUGAUGUAAAGACUAGGUACCUGACUACCUUUGACUCUUAGUAUUUGUACUUGUUAUCUGUACUUGUUACACUGUACUACAGUUGUGUACUUGGGGACCAUAGUUUUAUUCUAUUACAGUAUUUGAAGUAUUUGAUUGUUUGGUUUUGGUGAGAUUUAACGUGGGGGAAAAAAUGACAGAAGGUAAUGCAGCAGGUUACUUUACUGUCGCCUUAUUCCAGUGUGUGAACCGGAAGAAAGAAACAGUGUGAGAGUUGAUGAAAACAGAACACACCUGGUUGAAACUGCCUCAAAAACAGCACUGGAACAGUAUUUCUGUGUACUUAAAUGAAAUACUGUAGUAAUGCUUCUGGUAUAAGGCCAUUGAAGAGUAACUGAAGGUACUUACAGGUGUUACCUUUUAGUGAAACGUGUUUUUGGAUCAAAGAAAGAGACGAGCAGGUUUUAUUUUCUGUUUUCUGUUGUUUUUGCUAUUAAGUAUUUUGAGAUAUUCAAGUGUUUAAUCUUUAAAUAGUUGCAAGGUUGGUUUAAAUACUGUUGAAAUUAAUCAGGGUUUUACCAAAUAUAUUUGUAAAUAAGAAUUAGUAAGUUUAAAUGCUCUAUAGAUUGGUGUACGUGGUCAUGACGCUUGUACAGUGAUGAAACCUUAAAGAGAAACUGCUGAAAAAAAAGAAACUUGUACAUAGUGUUUGUAAAACUAGUUUGGUUCUGAACCCGUCACUUGUUUCAGAGUGACGGCGCUGUGGCAAUAAGUAAUAGAACUGUAUAAACACAGGAUGUCCUCAAAUCAACUGUAAGCCAUAAUAAAUAUUUUAGACCCCACCUGAGUCAUGUUCAAUUCAACCCGACGAGGGAUUCAUCCUCUUUCCAUUUUCACUGUGUUUCUUCUCUGUUUUACUUUGAAAGGACAAGUGUUGUUACAAGCGGACAUUGUUUAUAUAUAAAUAUAAAUAUAUCUAUACAUAUGUACAGGAGAGAUUUUAGUCAACCUAUGAUUUUGAUCUGUACGAUAGCUGUUUGAGGUUUAAAGAAUUGUCUUUCAAGCACAAACAUUAAAAAUGACACUGAGAAAAAUCCAAA